AUGAGCGACGAGAAAUACACCAAGGACGCUUUGUCUUCUCUGGCUAGCACUGUCGUCGACAAGGCUCCUUACUUUGGAUCUCUUCCACUUCAUAUCGACUCCUUCAAGCUCUUCUUCGAUGACAAGAACGGAGAGGGCCGCUCUAUUCACACAGCGACCGCGACACAUGACCAGCUGAACGCUCUCGCGGCGGCGUGCUCUGUAGCGCCGUUUGGACGUGGUGCCGAGGCGGUAGUGGACGACACUUACCGCAGGGCGGGGAAGCUCGACUUACCAAACUUCGCCACCCCGUUCGACCCGGCGGCCACAUCACUCGUUGCUGGCAUCAAGGAGUCCGUCCUCGAAGGCAAGGCAUCCAACCGUCCCAUCCGGUUCGAGCUGUACAAGUUGAACGUCUAUGGUGAGGGCGGGUUCUUCAAGACACAUAAGGAUACGCCACGCGGCUCAAAGAUGUUCGGCUCGCUCGUCCUCGUCUAUCCGACUGCUCAUACUGGCGGCGCUCUCGUCUUCCGUCAUCAAGACCGCGAAUGGACGUUCGAUUCCGCUUCCGCUGUCACUCGAGACGGCGCUCCUGCCUUCGGUUACGCCGCAUUCUACAGCGAUGUCGAGCACGAAGUCCUUCCCGUUACGUCCGGCUAUCGCGUUACGAUCACAUACAAUUUGUACUUCGACGAUGUCGACGACGACUCACAAUCCGGCAUCGCGAGCGCUGACUCCCUCGAUAACUCCGCUUUUCGCACUCAGUUGGCCACCUUGCUCGACGAUGCCAAGUUCUUGCCCAAGGGAGGAUAUCUUGGCUUCGGGCUUCGUCACUCGUACCCCAUCGAGUUUGCCGAGGGACUCUGGCCGAAGAGGAAUGGCGUGCAGCAUCUACUUGAUGUUCUCAGAGGCGCAGAUGCCAGUGUUCUUCGCGCCGCCCGUGCGGCAGGGCUCUCCACUCAGAUCCAUGUUGCAUACGAUACUCAGGUCGAGGGCCGGUCCAAAAUGCACGACGUCACCGUCCUGACGACUGAGGUCGUUGGUGGCGAAUUGACGUAUUCCGACUUCUGUUACUUCCUCGAGAAACGCUUCCACGGCGUCCCAUUGUACCCACCGGGCCACAAGAAGUGCGGAGUUGGGCGUGCGGUGCAUUGGGUCACACCACACAUGGGCGGUUCGCGGUUCAAGUCGGUGUAUCUGGCCUAUGGCAACGAGCCAUCUCUGCAGUAUGAGUACGCCGAGCUGUGCCUCCUUGUCGCCGUGGGGCCUCAUGGUGAGAGGACGAUGAAGGGUAAUCUCGAGCAGGUCAAGGGAGAAAGCAACGGAUGGUCCAGUGAUGAGGACGAUUUUGACGAGCGGGUUGUGUACGAGGAUAGUGAAGAGGACGAGGGCGAUGGCGAAGAAUAG